CGCGAUAAUGCACUGUGACGCUAAACUCGGUUAGUUGUAACUUAUUUUAGCGGAUUUUUUCUCGGUCCCGGUGAGUGCACUAAUCAACGGAAAGAGCGCACUAAUCAGCGGACAUAACUGGAAAACAGCGAAAUCAACCCUCGAUUCUUCUCCUUGACUGUCCGUGGCUGUUUUCGCGGGAGCCGCAUUGCCUAUCUAUUGAUGGUCGAAAUGUGCUAAUGUUUAAGGGUAACGCUUAAACGUCAAUAUAAGUGUUUAUAUUGAUUUGGUAUAUAUUACUGAAUAACAGCAAUAUAUACCGAAAUUGAACCCAAUAAGUACUGGAAGUGAGGUGGAACGAGUUGUAUUAAUCAUGAGCGAACAGGUGGGCUUACCUGGAACAGAAGGUCAAUUGAUUGAUCAAGCGAACGCUGAUGAAUCGACAGUACCAUCGUCAAUAAGUGGAAUCCUUAUGCGCGUGCUCUAUAGACUCCUCAGCCUUGUGCCUUGGGGUGCCCGUGGAGAAAUACCUGUCCAAUGCGUAUUCUGUCGUAUUGCCAGAGGGGACGAUCCAACAUCGGAAAUACAUUACCACGACUCGCAAUUUGUUGUCAUCUCCGACAUAGCACCGGCUUCAACGCAUCAUUAUCUCGUCAUUCCCAAAGAGCACAUACGGGAUGUCCGUUGUCUCGAUGACCGGCAUAUUGAUAUGGUGCGUCAGAUGGCUGAUCACGGCAGAAAGGUAUUGGAGUUACGUGGUGGGAAGUGGGACGAAUGUCGUCGUGGAUUUCACUUUCCUCCCUUUAUUUCGGUGGGUCACCUUCAUAUGCAUAUUAUCUCUCCCGAAUCAGCCAUGUCUAAACGAAACGAGUUGACAUUUCGCAACGAUUCGUACUGGUUCAGAUCUGCUGAUGCGAUAUUGGAAAUGCUUACGAGACUCCAGCCUACACCAAGUCGAUUGCAGACCCCGUCAUCUGACAAGAAUAGCACCAGUAUGCUAGCUAAGCUUAGUUGAGCACCCUUAUGCACGUACAUUAGCUCAAUACCACCAAAAUAUACUUGUCUUGGAAAACUACCGUUCAAAUAAUUUUAUAAUAACAAAUUCAAAUAUAAAAUCUAUUAAUUUAUUAGCAUUGUAUCGUUUGCCCUAUUUUGCAAAGUCACUGCCGCUACGGUUAGACACAACAUGCCGUUGUUGCAAGUAGAUAUUUGUCCGACACGAUUUUACAGCAUGCGACGUUGCACACUAUAGUUCUACAAACAGGUAUAAGUUUGUAAAAGAAUAAAUUACAAAAAUAUAAUACAAGGCAAUAUCUGUACGAACGGCUGAUACGACCAACAGUAAGAGUUCAUUGGGUAUAAGUAAUUUAUUGUGUCGAAACAUUUCAUCCAAUAUAUUUGUGCAUAGCUCAGUCGUUAAAGCUUUGAACGAUGUUGCAAAGCAUCUAUCUAAACAUAAGACACAUCGAGGCAUAAUAGGAGAAAAGUCGAUUCCUUAACACACGGUUAGGUUUUUCUUUGUAAAAACAUAACUAUCUGUUGUAAGAAAAUUCAUCAUCAGAAAUCGAUGUACUCUAGAUAUUGUAUAUCUAUUCCAGACGUUGAAAGAAGAGGUGAGACACAACGCUAUCAUCUGCUGGUAUUCAUAAUAGUCGAUAUUUUUGGGUAAACAUGAUAUAGUGUGUAAUAAUGAGUAGUUUAAUGAUGAGUGUUUCAAAUAUUCACUAGGAUGUAUGUAGUUGUGUUAAAUAAAUGCGGAAAGAAUUCAAUGAAAUGGGUGAUACAAUUAAAGUCUCUAAGAAAAAUUUGACAGUGAUCCUAAUGGAUAUAAUAUCACGCACCAUAACCAUAAAUCACUUACGAAAACGAUAUAAAAAGUGAACUUUUUGCGUAAAACUUUCUAUAGUACUGCAAUAUAAAAACUAUAAGGCAACAGCUAUCCGAGUAAUGAAGUAGUACGAGAUGAGUUAUCGGCAUCGAAUGAAAACAGAACGUUUAGAUAAUGCACCUAACAGAACUCGUUUGCAUUGGUGACGUAUUGGGGUAAAUUAUUUUCUCAGAUGUCGCUGAGGUUGCGAAGUUAGGCCAACAGAUAUCGUUUUUAAGAUCACAACAAAAAUUAAUCGUUUUUAGUAAAGUUUUUGCUAAUAAACCGUAAGACAGUUUGUGUACUUUUGGCUUUUUAUUCUAUGAUAAAAAGCGUUCAAUAAGAAUUUGUUGUAUCGAAUUCUCGCGUAAAGGAUAUGCCGCUGACAACAGAAUUCUUUCAAAGGGCCAUGCAGCUUCCGCGGAUCGUUAAGUUUAUAUUUGCCAUUAGAAAGCAUGUCGAAGAUAGACAUUUAAAAAUGAAUUUAUCACACGUUGUAAUGUGAUGUAUGCAGAUGGCAAGACUUGAACCAGCAAUUUUUAGUUCGCGUCCUGUGUUAAGUAUAUGCUACACUAAAUCAGUAUUGUUGGUUGGAUGCCGCGCGACUCCCACUCACCCACCAUUGCUUUAUUCUUGUAUUCGUUAGAUAUUCUUGGUUUAGAAAAAGCCAAGAAGUGCUAGAGGAAGGUUCUUGCUAAAGACUAGAGUGUGUAAUGUUACGAUAUUUUAAUACGAUAUGAUAAUUUUACAGUUAUCUAUAGAUUAAGGGAAUUUCGUUUGUCUAGUCCUUAUACCUAUUUCAGACCGCAGGCUCAUAUAGGUGUUGUUUUUAUAGGUAAGAAGAUAUGUACUGAGACGCUGAUAUAAACUUUAACAAAUUUACUUGCAAGCAAAUUAACAUUAAAUAAGGUGAGCAUUUACCAAGGCACUAUUGAAACACGGAAACUAUAUAACCUAUCAUUUAGUUGUUAUAGGUCAGCGGUCGUAUCAAUUCUUUAGUUUAAUUUUUGUCUUCUUGUUCGUAUUUUACAAAGUGUUGUUACUCUCAUUUGUACAUAAAUUGUACAUUGUAUAUAUUACAUAAUAAAUAAACUCAAUAGACGUCAAUAUUUAAACACAUGGCCAUUUCUGUAUUACGUUAGUUCGACGGGGUAUUUUCGAAUAGCGCUACUUGAGUUUUAAACAGUGAAAG